GGCAACGAGAGUAAUUUUGACACACUGAGGCUUCCGUAGCAUAGCUCUCUCUAAGCACCGCUAAGGUGUCGCUUGCCUAGAGUCCCAUGCGCUGUUUCCGGUCAUACCCGGAAACACGAGUACAAGCUGCAGCUGGCGGGGAUUGCAGGGUGCCGGCCGUCUGAGUUUUUUUAAAACUGCUCGCUGCGAAGUCUGUCUGCAGCCAAAAUGUCCAACAGAAACAACAACAAGCUGCCCAGCAACCUGCCGCAGUUACAGAAUCUAAUCAAGCGAGACCCGCCGGCCUACAUCGAGGAGUUUCUACAGCAGUAUAAUCACUACAAAUCCAAUGUGGAGAUUUUCAAAUUGCAACCAAAUAAACCCAGCAAAGAACUAGCAGAGCUGGUGAUGUUUAUGGCACAGAACAUCCUAAAUGUAUGCAUCUGAAUUAUAGGAGAGAAAGAGAGCAACUUCAGAAGAGCCUUUGCUUUGUUACAGAUUAGUCACUGCUACCCAGAGUACCUAAGUAAUUUUCCUCAAGAGGUGAAAGAUCUUCUCUCCUGCAAUCAUACCGUAUUGGAUCCAGAUCUGCGAAUGACAUUUUGCAAAGCUUUGAUCUUGCUGAGAAAUAAGAAUCUCAUCAAUCCAUCAAGCCUGCUAGAACUCUUCUUUGAACUUUUUCGUUGCCAUGAUAAACUUCUGCGAAAGACUUUAUACACACAUAUUGUGACUGAUAUCAAGAAUAUAAAUGCAAAACACAAGAACAAUAAAGUGAAUGUAGUAUUGCAAAAUUUCAUGUACACCAUGUUAAGAGAUAGCAAUGCAACCGCAGCCAAGAUGUCUUUAGAUGUAAUGAUUGAACUCUACAGAAGGAACAUCUGGAAUGAUGCCAAAACUGUCAAUGUUAUCACAACUGCAUGUUUCUCUAAGGUCACCAAGAUAUUAGUUGCCGCUUUGACAUUCUUUCUUGGGAAAGAUGAAGAUGAAAAACAGGACAGUGACUCCGAAUCUGAGGAUGAUGGACCAACAGCAAGAGACCUGCUAGUACAAUAUGCUACAGGGAAGAAAAGUUCCAAAAACAAGAAAAAGUUGGAAAAGGCAAUGAAAGUGCUCAAGAAACAAAAAAAGAAGAAAAAACCAGAGGUGUUUAACUUUUCAGCCAUUCACUUGAUUCACGAUCCCCAAGAUUUUGCAGAAAAACUACUAAAGCAGCUUGAGUGCUGUAAGGAGAGGUUUGAAGUGAAGAUGAUGCUCAUGAACCUUAUCUCCAGAUUGGUGGGAAUUCAUGAGCUUUUCCUCUUCAAUUUCUAUCCCUUUUUGCAAAGGUUUCUGCAGCCCCACCAAAGAGAAGUAACAAAGAUCCUUCUGUUUGCUGCACAAGCAUCUCAUCACCUAGUACCCCCAGAGAUUAUUCAAUCAUUGCUUAUGACUGUGGCAAACAAUUUUGUUACCGACAAGAACUCUGGAGAAGUCAUGACAGUAGGAAUCAAUGCUAUAAAGGAGAUAACAGCUCGAUGUCCUCUGGCCAUGACUGAAGAACUUCUCCAAGACCUGGCUCAGUAUAAAACACACAAGGAUAAGAAUGUAAUGAUGUCUGCUAGAACUUUGAUUCACCUCUUCCGAACACUGAAUCCUCAGAUGCUGCAGAAGAAAUUCCGGGGUAAGCCUACAGAGGCCUCCAUAGAAGCAAGAGUACAAGAAUAUGGAGAAUUAGAUGCUAAAGAUUACAUUCCAGGAGCAGAAGUUCUGGAAGUUGAGAAAGAAGAGAAUGCUGAAAAUGAUGAAGAUGGAUGGGAAAGUACUAGUCUCAGUGAGGAGGAGGAUGCUGAUGGUGAAUGGAUUGAUGUGCAACACUCUUCCGAUGAAGAACAGCAAGAAAUCUCCAAGAAGCUGAACAGCAUGCCCAUGGAGGAGCGGAAGGCCAAAGCUGCAGCCAUCAGCACUAGCCGAGUUUUAACUCAGGAAGACUUCCAGAAAAUCCGCAUGGCCCAAAUGAGAAAAGAACUUGAUGCUGCCCCCGGGAAAUCCCAGAAGAGGAAAUACAUUGAAAUAGACAGUGAUGAAGAGCCCAGGGGUGAAUUACUUUCUCUUCGGGACAUUGAACGCCUUCAUAAAAAGCCAAAGUCUGACAAAGAGACAAGACUAGCAACUGCAAUGGCUGGAAAGACAGACCGAAAAGAAUUUGUGAGGAAGAAAACCAAAACAAAUCCAUUUUCCAGUUCGACAAAUAAAGAGAAGAAAAAACAGAAGAACUUUAUGAUGAUGCGGUAUAGCCAGAAUGUCCGGUCAAAAAAUAAGCGUUCCUUCCGAGAAAAACAGUUGGCACUACGAGAUGCACUUUUGAAAAAGAGAAAAAGAAUGAAGUAACUUCCUGGCAAGUUUUCCAUUCCUAGAAGAAUGCUAAGUUUGUGUCAUUGCUCUGAAAAUUGGUAAAUCAAGCAUGUUUGUUUACAUUAAAAAGUCCAGACACACUGUAUUGUGAAAACUGCUGAACAUGUGGCAGCAAUUUUGUGUUUUUAUUUUGGAGACGGCUAAUGGUAGGAAUGUUAAUGUAAAUGGUGGUAAUGUAAAAUCAUUUCAUUUAUCAUUCAUGCAAAAAAAAGUAUGUAUUGAGUGCCUAUUCAUUGUCACUGUAGAUGUAAAACGAAUGAGCUGUAACCCCUUCACUCAAGGCAUUCACAGCUUAGCUGUGAGGGUGGACACACAUAUGUGUAUUUACAGUGCAGUGUAAAUAGUUCUGUAGUAGAGGUUAACUCCAUAUUUCUGUGAGGUCACUGAGGCCUUAUGGACUAACUCUGUGAGGAUAGGAGUUAUAUAUUCUUAUAAAACAAAACAAAACAGGACAAUGUUACAAGAGUAAGAGGUUCUUACUUGUACAUAGGCUUUCCUGCUGAAAACAGGCCCCUGCUGUACAGAUUUUGGGUACAUAAUUUAGCUCUUUUAGUCAAUCCAAGAGAUUUAAGUGACCCCCUGUGUGGUUUUUUUUUUUUUUUUUGAAUGCCAUGUAAAGGCUUUUUGGUUAAGACCUCACUUUUAAAACUGCCUUAAGUAUAAAUAGUACCUUUGGAAUAUAUUUAGUUCAUCAUUUGAGCUGCCUUCAUACUGGUUUCCUCAGCCUUCCUUCAGCCUGUAAUAUUUUUAGCUCACUGUUUACCUUGUCUCAAUAAAAGGUUUCUAAUGCCAAAUA